AAUUAUUUUUACUCGUAAAACCACAUUUAUAUAUCUUUCACAUAUGUUUUAGCUGUGAUCUAUAACGAAGAAAAGUUUUUGGUUUAUUUAUUUGAAGUUUUGUUUUCUCUGUUCAUAUUCAUAUUCAUUUAUUUGCUUUCCACAAUUGCAAUUAUAUAUACAAAACUGCCAUCAGGUUAUUAUGUUACUCAACAAAACCAGGCUGGUGGGUUUCACUAAUAGAUCUCACAAGAGCAAUAUGGAGGGUAACUCCACGUCAGACAUAGUGAUCAUUAGCGGCAACUCGCACCCUGAACUCGCCGAACUGAUCGCGCAUCGCCUGGGUGUUAGAAAGGGAGGAUGUUCCGUGUACCACAAGACCAACAGGGAAACUAUUGUGGAGAUUGCAGAUUCUAUUCGUGGAAAGAAUAUUUAUAUUGUACAGACUGGCACUAAAGAUGUGAACAACAAUAUAAUGGAAUUAUUGAUAAUGGCUUACGCUUGUAAGACUUCCUCGGCAAGGUCAAUCGUAGGAGUGAUUCCAUACUUGCCCUACAGCAAACAAUGCAAAAUGAGGAAGCGUGGCUGCAUUGUAACCAAACUCCUUGCCAAAAUGAUGUGCAAGUCGGGCUUGACACACAUCAUCACAAUGGACCUACACCAGAAGGAAAUUCAGGGUUUCUACGAGUGCCCAGUUGAUAAUUUAAGGGCAUCUCCAUUUUUGUUGCAGUACAUCCAAGAAAGUAUUCCAGAUUAUCGUAACUCGGUGAUAGUGGCUCGUAACCCAGGUUCUGCUAAGAAAGCUACUUCAUAUGCUGAGCGUUUACGGUUGGCUAUAGCCGUCAUUCAUGGAGAACAGAAGGAAGCUGAGAGUGAUGAAGUUGAUGGACGCUACUCACCACCAUGCCUACCAAAUCGAUCACGCACCAUGGACGUUUCUGUUGGUGUUCCCGUACAUCCAGCAAAGGAAAAGCCCCCGAUCAACGUGGUUGGAGAUGUCGGUGGCAGAAUAGCUAUCAUGGUGGAUGACAUGAUUGACGACGUACAAUCAUUCGUUGCCGCAGCGGAAGUGCUAAAGGAGUGUGGAGCGUACAAAAUAUACGUGUUGGCAACCCACGGAUUACUGUCUUCCGAUGCGCCCCGGCUUAUCGAGGACUCACCCAUUGACGAGGUCGUGGUCACCAACACCGUGCCACACGAACUUCAGAAGAUGCAGUGCAACAAGAUCAAAACUAUCGACAUAUCAGUCCUCCUUAGUGAGGCCAUCAGACGCAUUCACAACAAGGAGUCCAUGUCAUACCUCUUCAAAAACGUCACCCUCGAGGAUUAGUCAUACCUGAUGUUGCUUUCCAUGUUUUAAUGUUAAGUAUUAAUUAAGUAUUAUGUUCCUAUCUCAGUUCUAUAUUCACUGUUUUUUUAGAGUAUCUUUUAUUGUAACAGCUAUGGGUUCAGUGUAUAAAAAUGCCAUAAUCACAAUUAAGUUGCUUUUAUGAGUAAAGUAUUCCUUGAAGUAUUAUGAAAAUUUGACCAAUGAUUAUAGAACUCUGAUAUGGAAUGGUUACAUAAUUCCUUGUUUGUGUAUUAUUUUAUGUAUUGUAUUUUUUAAGUUUAUCGUAUGUUUAAUUUUAAUUAAUAUCAAAUGCCUAAUUAAGGAAACUAAAUAAUUAAUAUAUGUAUAUAUCUAUCACUAUGAGUUCAAAAAUGUAUUUAUGGCCAGUUGUAUUCUUUAUUGUUUGAGUUCAGCUGCAUUUUGUUUCUUUUUUGGUUGCAUUUUAAUUUUUGUACCCACAGUAACAGUGUUCUUUACCAAUAAAAGAAUAUUAAGUAAAUUAAGUUAGAGGUUUCUUUUGUUGUAUAAUGUGGAGGUAUUUUUAGGCUUGUUAAGUAUUAAAUAUAUAUUCAUUAAUGGCGACUUUAAGUCCACAUUUUCUUUAACGCAAUAUAUCACCCGUUAUCUACUUGCUUCUGAUAAAGUCCGUUUGAAAAAUAUAUAUUAGUGAUAUUGAAUUUUCAAAUACAAAUAGUAAUUUUAGUAAACAUAAUUUCAAACUCAUAUACAUUUUCAGACAUCAAAUAGUUUUAAUUGCGUCGUUUUCAAUCAAAAUAAUGAAAUAUAUAUUUUUGUAAUUGAAAAACUUUUCCAAAUAAUUAUUCGUCUAUUGAUACUUAUCACGACAUAAGUUUGUCCAACUCAGUCCAACAGCUUGAGACUAAAAAAUAAAUUUUAAUGUUUUUCAUAUGCCAAUGUAAUGUUUUAUUCAAAACCUACAAUCCGUUUAAUUGGUGUCUGCAACUUUCGGUGGGACUGCGUUAUCUAAUAGAACUAAUAGUCAGGUUUUUGCUCAUAUCUAAAAUACAUAACGGAACACUAUUAUUAUAAGCCUUUCCGUCUCAUACAAAUAGACUGAGGGCAUAAACUGCGUUAAGCGUGCCUCUCGCGUGUCCAUACAAAAACGACCCGCGCGUGCCCAUGCGCGUGCACACGCUCGUGAGCCCGUCGCGUGAUACUUCCGUGCAAUGGGGCACGCAUGCACGCGACGUGAUCACGCAUCACGUUGGACGGGUCCACGCGCGAAGCCCGCUAGCGGGUGCACGCGCGUGCUUGUUCAGUUGACAGCGCUAUCUCGAACCGACCGCACGCGCGUGCCCGGCCCAUAACAAAAAAUGACAAAUUUUGUACUGAGAAAACUGCGUACGCGGAUGCACGCGCCGAUGCCCGCGCAUAAGCACGCGAACGUGCUCACGUGCGUGCACACGCUUAACGCAGUUUAUGCCCUGAAGAGAAAAUCUUUAGUUUGUAUUUCCAAAAUACAAGUGGCCUUUGCCGUAUACACCAUCAAUGUUUGUUGAUACUGCAAAUGUUUAUUAAAAAACAAAUACUUAAUUCUGAUCUUUAUAUUUUAUAGAAAGAAUGUUAGGAGUCUAAAAAGUAAUCAUAGCUUUUGUGAUUGACUUAUAAUGUACGUAACAAUUUGACAAUUUUUGUACAAAAAUAUAACUUUUAUGAAGCCGCAAAACUGGCCUGCACUACCCGUGAAUGCGCCACAAAUGGCGUGAACAUACAAGUUCAGUGUAUAAAUUGUUACGUAUAAAGUUAUAAUAUGUGAGAAUUAUAGUAAUACAAACAUAAAUUAAUUUGUAUAGCUAAGAAAAUAACGUAAAUGUUUACUACUUAAUAUAGACUAUAUAAAUAGAAAUAAAAUUGUGGCAUAUA